AUGGUAGAUGCAGCUAGUGGUGGUUCUUUGGCUGACAAGACACCCACGGAUGCUAGACAAUUAAUAUCAACCAUGGCAGAAAAUUCUCAACAAUAUGGGACACGUGCGGAUGGAUCUAUUCGUAGAGUUAACGAGGUAAGUACUUCUCAACUUAAAAAUAAAAUUUCAGAUUUGACUACUCUUGUGCGUCAAAUGGCUGUAGGGCAAAUGCAAUCUACGGGAGCAUGUGGAUUAUGUUCAUUUUUCGGGCAUCCUACAGACAUGUGCCCAACAUUGCAAAAUCCAAAUCAAGAGUUGAAUGCAAUAGGGGGAUUUCCUGGUCAACCCAACCGAAAAUAUGAUCCCUUUUCGAACCAGUAUAAUCCCGGAUGGAGAGAUCAUCCAAACUUGAGCUAUGGGAAUCAAGUGGCGCAACCAAGGUUUCAAAAUCAGAAUUUUAGACAAUUCCAAACACCUCAGCAACCUCAAUCCCAAGCUUCAAAUUCAGGUAUGUCUUUAGAUGAAAUUGUUAAAGCACUUGCUAAUAACACUCAACAGUUUCAACAAGAAACAAGAGCAAGUAUUCAACAAUUGGGCAAUCAAGUUUCUCAAUUAGCCACAUCUGUUAGCAAGUUGGAAGCCCAAGCUUCGGGAAAACUACCAUCACAAACGGAGGUAAACCCUAAAGAAAAUGUAAAUGCAAUCACAUUGAGGAGUGGUAAGCAACUUCAGCCUGAAUCUCCAUUAUCAGUGGAAGAGGAAAAAGAAGGAAAAUCAAAGGAGGAAAGUGAGUCUACGGCUAAUGAAAAAUCCAAGGUAAGUUCUGAAUCUUCUUUUGGUCAAUAUGAUUCAUCUCUACCCCCUUUUCCUUCAAGGUUAGCAAAAUCAAAAGAAGAAGAACAUGAAAAUAAGAUUUUGGAAACCUUUAGAAAGGUAGAAAUCAACAUCCCCUUACUAGAAGCCAUAAAGCAAAUUCCUAAGUAUGCAAAGUUUCUAAAGGAACUUUGUACCAAUAAGAGGAAGUUGAAGAGUAAGGAGACCAUCAUAUUGGGUAAAAAUGUUUCAGCCAUGAUAAGUAAUGAUCUACCUAAAAAGUGCAAGGAUCCAGGUAUGUUCACCCUACCCUGUAUAAUUGGUAAUAAAGAGAUUAAGCGUGCCAUGUUAGAUUUAGGAGCAUCAAUAAAUGUCAUGCCAUUUUCCAUUUAUCAAGCUUUAAAUAUAAAUUCUUUGCAAGGAACUAGAAUAGUUGUUCAAUUAGCCGAUCGUUCUUGUGUGCAUCCAGUUGGAGUCGUAGAAGAUGUUUUAGUGCAAGUUAAUGGACUGGUUUUUCCUGUUGAUUUUUAUGUUUUGAAAAUGAAUGAUGAUGCAAUAGAUCAAUCAACUCCAAUUCUGUUAGGUAGACCAUUUAUGAAAACUGCUAAAACAAAGAUAGAUGUUGAUAAGGGUAUUCUUUCUGUUGAGUUUAAUGGAGAAAUUGCUUAA